AUAGAAUCCAUCCAUCCGCCGUACCUCUAAGCAUUUGCCCAUCCACGAACCUACUACUUACUUUGCAUGCGAUCGUGUUUCUUUAGACCGUACUGCAGUAUUCAACGAUCGCUUUCAUUUUAAUUAAUUCUCUCCAUACCUCAUUAUUCUCAAAGACCGCUUUUGUAUAACGUCCGUUCUAUCCCCCCGUUCUAUCUCCGCGACCGUUUCAUUAAGAUGGCCGACUCAAAUGCUCCAAAGCCGAGCAGCAGUGUCAAACUAGUACUACUUGGAGAGGCAGCUGUCGGAAAGUCUUCCCUUGUUCUACGAUUCGUCAACAACGAUUUCCAAGAAAAUAAGGAACCGACCAUUGGCGCCGCCUUCUUAACACAAAAAUGCAAUCUUCCUACACGAACCAUCAAGUUUGAGAUUUGGGAUACCGCAGGCCAGGAGCGAUUUGCCUCGCUGGCACCCAUGUACUAUCGAAAUGCCCAAGCCGCCCUUGUCGUCUACGAUCUCACGAAGCCAACGUCCCUGAUUAAGGCCAAACACUGGGUAGCAGAAUUGCAAAGGCAAGCAUCACCGGGUAUCGUCAUUGCUCUGGUCGGCAACAAGUUGGAUCUUACUAGCGAAAGCGAGUCCGGCCCGGCCGAUGGCGAAGGGGGGGCUGACGGAGAGCAAUUCGGAGAUGCCCGAAAGAUUUCCAUGGAGGAGGCCAAGACGUACGCCGAGGAUGAGAGCUUGUUGUUCUUCGAGACCAGUGCGAAGACGGGCCACAAUGUUACGGAGGUCUUCACUGCGAUCGCGAAUGCUAUCCCUGAGACAUCACUGAAGAGCACGAGAGGUCCCGGCGCUUCUAGCGCAGGGAACCGUGGCGGCGAGGAGCAGAGGGUAAAUCUAUACGGCCCUCGAGAAGCAGCCAAAGAAGGAUGCGCGUGUUGAAGUUAGUUACAAAGCGGAAAGGGAGGAGUCUAGAUGGGAUGUUUUACCAUCACUUAUGGUUAUGACUACAUUUCACCUUGUAAUAUGGAGCGAUGGUUCAUUGGGAUUCGGUAUCUGGAACUGCUUUCGAUGAGUGAAUCAUAUUUUUUUUCCGAGUUCAAUUUUCUUCUUUUUUUCUUCUUUCCCCCAUCCACAUAUUUUGUGUCUUCCGAUACGACCUCUGAAGCAAUCUAAGUACCCAUGACAAACAUAAAAUGCUGUGUGGUACACAGGCUGGUUACGAUCAAAGCUCUUCUUGACGCAGACGCAGUAUCACAAGUGUCAUGGCAAGUUUGUUCGAUGAAUCAGGGCAUGUCAGGUAUUGUUACGUGGGUAGGCGGGGUGUGGUGUCGCGAUGUAGAUAGUAGAUAAUAUAUCGUAUUGUUAUUAUUAUAGAGCUUCGUGUCGACUACUAACUAUUACGUAUUUUUGUUAUUGUAGAGUUAUUAUUAUGGUCCUAUAUUUUAUACAUAUCAAUAUCAU